UUUCAUUCCCUCGCAUCUUCUUUCGUUCAAAAAGCUUCCCCAACCCACCGAGUCACCGAUUCGAAGCUACUCACUGGCACUCGGUGUCACCUUUGACGCAAUGAAUCUGAGCUACGAACAGAGGCUUCAGGUUGCGGCCAAAAUCAUACUCGACGACGACGCACGCGCCGGCGAUGCGCCGCCGUGCGAGGAAGAGCUUGGGCUCAGGGCGACCCUCAAGCCGCACCAGGUGGAAGGGGUUUCGUGGCUCAUACGGAGGUACAAACUCGGCGUCAACGUUGUUCUCGGGGAUGAGAUGGGACUGGGCAAGACUUUGCAAGCUAUCUCCUUUUUAAGCUAUUUAAAAGUAUGCCAGUUGUCAGUUGGGCCAUUUUUGGUGAUAUGUCCUCUAAGUGUGACAGAUGGUUGGGUGUCAGAGAUAGUCAAAUUUACCCCUAAACUAGAAGUCUUCAAAUAUGUUGGUGAUAAAGAAUACAGGCGUAAUCUACGCAUGAAAAUUCAUGAACGUGUAACAGGGCAGUCAUCAACGCUGAACCUAUUGUUGCCUUUUGAUGUGCUGUUAACAUCAUAUGACAUUGCACUGAUGGAUCAGGAUUUUCUUUCUCAAAUACCAUGGCAGUAUGUAAUCAUUGACGAAGCUCAGAGACUUAAAAACCCGUCAAGCGUUUUAUUUAAUGUUCUCAAAGAUCGCUAUGUAAUGCCAAGACGGUUGUUGAUGACUGGCACGCCUAUUCAAAACAACCUUUCUGAACUGUGGGCGUUGAUGUAUUUUUGCAUGCCUUCUGUCUUUGGUACACUGGAUCAGUUCCUUUCUACGUUUAAGGGCAUCAGUGAUCUUUCAUCAGUUCAUGAUGCUUCAAAGGUAAAGGAGAGACUUAAAAUUCUGAGAAGUGUAUUGGCAGCCUUUAUGCUCCGACGUACCAAGUCAAAGCUUAUUGAGUGUGGAAAUUUAGUGCUGCCUCCUCUCACUGAGACAACUGUGUUAGUACCCCUUGUCAUCCUGCAGAAGAAGGUCUACAUGUCAAUAUUGAGAAAGGAACUUCAUAAGCUUCUUGCAUUAUCUUCUGGAACUUCAAAUUAUCAGUCACUACAAAACAUUGUGUUACAACUAAGAAAAGCAUGCAGCCAUCCUUACCUCUUUCCAGGUAUUGAGCCUGAACCUUAUGAAGAAGGUGAACAUCUGGUUCAGGCCAGUGGUAAAUUGCUUAUUCUGGACCAACUUCUUCAGAAGUUACAUUAUACUGGACAUCGUGUUCUUCUUUUUGCUCAGAUGACCCAUACACUUGACAUUUUGCAAGAUUUUCUGGAGAUGCGAAAUUAUUCAUAUGAGCGUCUUGAUGGAUCAAUUAGGGCUGAGGAGCGCUUUGCUGCUAUAAGAAGUUUCAGCAGCUCAUCAGCUAAUAUGGGCCUGAAUUCUGAAGAUGACCAAAAUGGAGCAUUUGUUUUUAUGAUCUCUACAAGAGCAGGGGGAGUUGGUUUGAAUCUUGUGGCUGCUGAUACUGUUAUAUUCUACGAGCAAGAUUGGAACCCUCAGGUGGACAAGCAAGCUUUGCAGAGAGCACAUAGAAUUGGCCAGAUGAACCAUGUGUUGUGUAUAAACCUUGUUACAGAGCAGUCAGUGGAGGAAGUAAUUAUGCGGAGAGCAGAGAGAAAAUUGCUGCUGAGCAUCAAUGUUACAGGUGAUAACAUUCUCAAAGAUGACAAUAAAGAACUGUCUGAAGUUGGAACUGGUGAUUUGAAAUCCAUCAUAUUUGGGUUACAUAUGUUUGAUCCCAUUGAGAUCAAUGAUGGGAAUCAUAAGGAUAUGAACAUACAAGAAAUUAGUGCUAUGGCUGACAGGGUGCUUGCUAUGCGUGAUGAACAAAUACUUGAUAAGGAUGAAAGGAAAUUUGAGGUCAAUCCAAGAAACAUUUUAAAAGGGGAUGAUGUCAAGGAAGGAGUUUCUGCUUCUCUCUCUUGUGAUCUUGGCCUUGACGAGGCUUCAUAUCUAUCUUGGGUUAAAAAAUUUGAGGAAGUGGCUAAAUCAAGUUGUGACUCAAUCAUGGACUUGAGAAGCAGAAGAAACUUAGAUGAGGAAAAGAGUCUAAAACUUGAGUCUGCGAGGAAGAAGGCAGAGGAAAAGAAGCUAUCUAGGUGGGAAGCUCUUGGAUAUCAAUCAUUGAAUGUAAAAGAAGCUAUCAGCCCAACAGACAAUGACAUAACAUCAGCUACUGGGUCUGUUCAUUUUGUGUAUGGAGAUUGUACAGCUCCAUCAAAUGUUUGUUCAUCUGAUCCUGCUAUAAUUUUCAGCUGCGUUGAUACAUCCGGACAUUGGGGCCGCGGUGGAAUGUUUGAUGCAUUGUCCAACCUUUCUACGAGCAUUGGUGAUGCAUAUGAACGGGCUUCUGAACAUGGGGACCUGCAUCUUGGUGAUCUACAUCUUAUAAGGCUUGAUGAUGGUUGUGAUGAACAAAAUAUGGAUGGAAAUGUUCCCAAAAUGGUUGCUUUAGCUGUGGUUCAGUUUUAUAAUCCAAGGCGCAAAAUCCCUCGCGGUGAAAUCUCAGUUCCCCACUUGGAAAGCUGCUUAUCAAAGGCAGCGUUCUCAGCAGCCCAGAAUUCUGCAUCAAUACAUAUGCCACGAAUUGGUUAUCAAGAUGGAUCUGAUCGUUCUGAGUGGUACACCAUAGAACGGCUACUGAGAAAAUAUGCUUCCAUUUACAACAUAAAUAUAUACGUAUAUUAUUAUCGAAGAUCACGUUAAGGCUCCAGGGUCAUAUGUAUAAUCUGGCGAAGGCAGUAUUGAAAGCGUCUUGUUUAAGUAAGUGGUUCUGUAAGCAUACAUGUAUGUAUAUGAUAAAACAAUUUAGACAAUUGAAACAAGUGU